AAUAUCUCUUCUUUCUGAUUGGAAAUAAGUCUAUUUCCUUAAAGUUUUGUGUCAUCAAAUCAAAAAAACAAACCAUGCAUCCUGCAUCUGCAGAUUUGUGGAAAAUACGCCCAGAAGCUAAAAUGAAAUAUGAUGAAAAGUUCUACCAAUUAAAACCAGUGAAUGGAUAUAUUACAGGAGAACAAGCAAAAAAUUUAUUCCUUAUGUCAGGAUUACCACCUCAAAUUUUAGCCCAUAUUUGGGCUUUAGCGGACAGAGAUGCAGAUGGUAAAAUGGAUGCCAAUGAAUUUGCAAUAGCCAUGCAUCUUAUUGAGCUAAAACUGAAAGGAAUUGAAGUUCCCAAAACACUUCCACCAUCAAUGAUAGUGCCACCACCUGCAAUCAUACCUACUGUGCCAGCAUUUCGACCUCCUGUUUCUCUUGGAGGGCCUAUACCUAUAGUUCCUCCAGCAACCCUUGCCAGUAUGCCAGUGGGCUUUGUGCGACCUGCAUCACCAGUUGACAAACCCCAAAGAUCUUGUUCAGUUAGCAGCCAAGAUUCCCCUACUGGCAUGCCUGCUGCACCGUUAAUAGAAUGGGCAGUUCCUCAGCCAUCUAAAUUAAAAUAUACUCAACUGUUUAAUUCAUAUGAUAGAACCAGGACUGGUUUUCUUACUGGUGCUCAAGCAAGGAAUAUUCUGGUUAAUACUGGCUUAAGUCAACCCAUUUUAGCUCAAAUAUGGUCUCUUUCUGAUAUUGAUGGUGAUGGAAGACUCUCAUGUGAAGAAUUUGUUCUUGCCAUGCAUUUAGCUGAAAGUGUAAAAGCAGGAGAUGCCUUGCCUAGUGUUUUACCUGCUGAUCUCAUACCACCAUCUCAUCGGCGGAAGAGAUCAACAAGCAUUCAGUCUACUGGAUCUGUAUCUAGUCACGGUCUUGGUGAAAUCAAUUUACUUGGAGAUUUCAAAGAUGACAAAUUACUUCAACAAACGACAUUUGAAGAUAAAAGGCGGGAAAAUUUUGAGAAAGGACAAGCUGAGUUAGAAAGGCGCCGUUUAGCUUUGCUUGAGAGUCAGAGAAAAGAACAAGAAGAGCGAGAAAGGAAAGAAAGAGAAGAGCAAGAAAGAAGGGAGAGAAUUAGGCAGGAACAAGAGAGGCGAAGACAAUUAGAACUAGAAAAACAGCUGGCUAAACAAAGAGAAUUGGAACAAGAGAAGGAAGAACAAAGGCGUAAAGCACUAGAACAGCGAGAGGCAGCCCGGCGGGAAAUGGAGAGACAGAGGCAGCUGGAAUGGGAAAAACAGCGGCGUCAAGAGCUGAUUUCUCAACGACAAAAAGAACAAGAAGCUGUGUGCCAUUUAAAAAAUUUGAACAAAAAUCUUACAUUUGAGCUUGAGCAAUUGUCAACAAAAAUAAAUGAACUUAAUGAAAAAAUUAGUGAUACAAGAAAACGAGUUUCUGAUGUUAAAUCUUCAAUUGAUGACAUGCGAACUGAAAGAGAUACUAAACUAGCCGAGAUGAAUAAUGUCAAAGCUAAAAUAAAAGAAAUGAAUGAUCGUCUAUUAAUUUUAUCUCAAGAAAAAAUUAGCAUGAAUGCACAACUAUCAUCCAUUUCUCAGCCUAAUCCUACAACUGAUUCUUAUAAUUCUGUGAUGCAUAGUUUUAAUAAUAAACAAGUGGCUCUAAAUCAGUUAAGGAAUACCUUAAGUAAUAUCGAGAAAGAUACUACCCAGAAACAAAAUGAUAUAGAAAAUAAUAAUAAUCAAAUUCAGGAGUUAAAAGAAAAACUGAAAUCCAUUGCAGAAAAUUAUAAAAAUCUUUAUAACCAAUAUGAGGAAAAAAAGAACAUAUUCCUUGCUGAGAAAAAGGCUAGAGAAAAUAAAAAUGGGUUUAAUGAUAAACCAGCAGCUCUAUUUGAUGAGGUUUGGGGUCAGAAUGCAAAUAAUGCUACAGAAACUUGGAAUGACACUAAUGUUGCUUCCAUAAAUGCUACCCAAGGAGUUGUUAAAUAUAGGGUUCUUUAUGCCUUUGAAGCUCGUAAUCCAGAUGAGUUAUCUGUUAUGCCUGGUGACAUUGUUUUGGUGCCUGAAGGCCAAAGUUCUGAGCCGGGUUGGUUAGGUGGUGAAUUACAUGGAAAGAAAGGAUGGUUUCCUGAAGCAUAUGCCGAGCGUAUUGAACCAUCUCAGGAUAAUAUAGCUAAUGAUAAUGCCUUCACUAAUAGUGCUGCUACAUUAGGAGCGCCUACUGAAACAGUACAUAUUGUAGGGACGGAAAUGAAGCGAACCCUAGAAGGUAUAUCUGAGGCACCUGAAAAUGGUACAGAAGUGGCAAAUGUGAACAAUCCUGUUCGAGAUGUUCUUCAGCAUUCUGAAAAUUCAUCUUUCACACAGCUUCCUAAAGUAUCACCUGCUACUUCAGAAACCUCUCCAGUUCCUGGACAGGGUCAGAGUAUGCCAGAUGGUUUGCAAGCGCAAGCAUUAUUUCCCUGGAAGGCUAAGAAAGAAAACCACCUCAGCUUUAAUAAAGGAGAUAUUAUAAAUGUCAAGGAACAACAAGAUAUGUGGUGGUAUGGAGAAUUUCAGGAUAAGCUUGGUUGGUUCCCCAAAUCUUAUGUUAAAUUAAUAUCAGGUCCUAUGAAAAUAAAUGAGAAUUUACAAGAAAAUGCCUUUGAUAGAAAUGAGCUGCAAGAGCCACCAGUAGUUGAUACCUCUCCACCAGAAGGAAUUCCAGAAUAUUAUGUGGCAACUUAUGCAUAUCAGUCUCAAGAAUUAGGCGACUUAUGUUUCCAAGUUGGUGAAACUAUCUUAGUAACAAAAAAAGAAGGUGAUUGGUGGACUGGAACUAUUGGGAACAGAACUGGAAUAUUUCCAAGUAAUUAUGUAAGGAAAGCUGAAGGACAGGCUGCUAUUGUAAAUGAGGCUGAGCCUAAGACUGAUGCUUUUUCAUCUGUGGAGUACGAGAUGUCAGUGUAUAGUCCAAAACCUAAGGGUAAAUUUAGGAAAGGAGAAAUAGUAACUGUAAUAGCUCCAUAUAAAGCAACUGGUCCUGAACAAAUCUCAUUAGAAAAAGGACAAUUGGUUCAUGUGAGAAAGAAAACACCUAAUGGAUGGUGGGAAGGAGAAGUUCAGGUGAAAGGUAAAAAAAGACAAGUAGGAUGGUUUCCAGCAUCCUAUGUAAAGGAACUAAGUGGAAGUCGUGCAAGUAGCAAUCGAAGUACUCCUGAACCAAUGCUUUAUUCUAGGUUUAAUGAAAAUCUAAAUGGAGGCCCUCAACAAUCAGACCAGGUUGUUGCAUUAUAUCCAUUUGCUGGGCAGCAUCAUGAUGAACUGACAUUCCAGAAAGGUGAUAUUAUAACUUUGGUCAAUACUGAUGAUCCUUCUUGGUGGAAAGGAGAACUCAGUGGUGUUGUUGGAUUAUUCCCUUCAAACUAUGUUGAAGUGUUGAAUAAACCCAGAGAUCCGGCUCAGAAUAACUGAGGUGUCUGCUGUGUUCUGGGGCCCACUACCUGCUGCAGGACUGGUUCUCUCUCUCUCUGUUUCCUCAGAAUCUCACUGUGCUACUUCAAUGGCUAGAUCUUUUCUGUAAUUGAGGACACUAUGUUGAAUUUGUUAUGGGAAAAAAAAACUGCUGCAGAAAACUACUGCCAGUGUAUUGAGUAGCAAAGUUAAUAAUAAGAGGUUUUUAGUCAGUUCAAAAUAUAUUUUUUUAUUUUGUUUAUGAGAACGUUUAUCUCAUUUUAAGUGAAUAUAAUAUUAUGCUUGGACUUACUGUGUUUAGUCGUGUCUGUAUUAGAAUUCAGAUUUUAUUGUUCAGUUAUCAUGAAUAUCUGCUGUGUACCAUGAUUAUUACAGUUUUGUAUGUAUGAAUAUAUAUGUGGACAUUAUCAUGCAAUCAUGGUUUCUGUGUUUGCAAUAUUUAAAUUGCAUUGCAGUUUCAGUCAUAAAAUAUUUAUUUAACACUUUUGAAAUUUUAUUUUGCAUUUCCUUCCCUUGGCUUUGUGGUAGUGGGUCCAGGGUAGGUUUUUUUCUUUUUAUUUCUCUUCCUUCCCAUGUUACUUUUUUCUUUCACUUUUAUUCUGUGUCCUACCCUUGACCCUUUAAAAAGUUAUUAAAUUUCCUGUUUUAAUUCCUUAAAAAACUUGACCCAUAUAUAUAUUUGUCUCAUAUAAAGAAUUAUUAAUUAAAUUCGGUAAUGAGAGUUUUGUGCAAUAAUAAGUUGCUAAGCUGUUAUGCUAUGUUAACUACACAUUAAUGAAAAAUUAAAUUGCUUUGUUUAAUUACACCACACGUUAAUGAAAAAUUAAAUUGCUUUGUUUAAUUACACCCUUUUUUCUUCCCUUUUUUUUUUAAUUUAGCUUCCUUGACUUUUGUCAUAUUAUAUAAUCUUAUACUUCUAUGCACUGAAGAAAUUUAAUGCUAGUAAAAUGCAUAUUUUACUGCAGUACAAUAGAUGUGUAACUGAUUGUUCAGAUAUUGUGUCAAACUUUUGUUUUCCACUACUUGUGUCAUCAUGUUAGUUGUACUGAUUAAUAAGAAAAUGUGCAUGCUAAUUUUGUGUAUGUAGAAUAAAAGUUUCAUAUAAAAUGUCAUAUCCAGUUGUAGUUAAUGAUUUCAUAAAAAAAUAUUAUAAGAUCUAGGAAAUGAAAUUAUGCAUAACAAAUAAACAAAUGUUUAUAAUUCAAUUCUUGUUUUUCUUUAAGUAGCAUAAAAUCAUCAUUGUAUUUAUCAUUUGCUGUAUUGUCACUGUAAGAUUCUAUGUGUAUUGAUGUUUUGUUUUUGCUGCAUAAAAUUUGGCUUUCUUUAUCAAA